GGGUGAUGGAAGCCACAAUACGUGAGCAACACCUUGGAUCGUUCAAUGCGACGCUGCUGAACGUUCUGCCUCAUAACGUGUUGUGUCACGUGCGCCAUGUAUUACGUUCUAGCGGGCAUGUAGACAGUUUCUGAGGCGAAGAAUAUCUCCCCAUUUGUUUUUUUUAUCCAAGUUGAAGCUACAUACAGCCAGUCUUCAAGAUGAGUGAAAUCGACUCAUUCACGACCGUGAAAAGGUACCUGCAGGCUAGCGCGCUAUGUAAACGCGCCUGCCCCACGUCAUAGCCCCGCGCGUGGCAGCAAAUAAUGAGCAUCAACACGCUGAAUAGCUUCUCACGAAACGCAACCCACAUUACAACUCUCAUUCCCUUUGGGGAUACUCACAUCAUGUUCAAAAAGAAGCCAAAUAUCAAGCCCCUUUCGCCGCUCAAGUCGAGCGACCGCCGUCGAACAGCAGACCAGAUCAUCUCAGAUUUCGGUAUCGAGGUUCCUGUAGAUCCAAAUGCAGACCCAGAAGACAAGGCAGCCUCGACAGCGGGCCUGACCGCUUUACGAAAGUCGAUCCUGCCUGAGAGCGCACUCUCCGCACGCUUCACAACAACAGCAGGGCCAGACCUCAAGCAGGUGUCCGGCACGAUAUACGUUGGCAGUCAUGAAGGCACAGGGGAUGAGCAGAGGAUACUAUGGGUCAAGGUUGGGGAGCAGAUGUACCCUACAGUGUACACGCUCUGGCACAACCCUAAGAUCGUACCGCUCCUUUACACCCCACUAUACGUCGUCGAGAAGCUCCAGGGCGGUGCAGACCUCAUGACACCCGGCCUGCAACGAGGGCCACCGUUCCCCAAGAAGGCCACCAUGGGCGCCGUUGUCGCCAUUGCUAGUCUCGAAGCACCCACCGUACCCAUGGCUGUUGGCACAUGUGUGAUCGAUGUUAGCUCAUUGGGAAGCACCCAAGGGAUGAAAGGACAUGCCGUGGAAACCUUCCACUGGGCAGGGGACGAGCUGUGGUCGUGGAGCACUGGCAACAAACCAGGCCGCGAUCCGCCGGCUCUGAUCGAGGCCUGGGACGAUCGGGAAGAGGAGGACGCAAGCCUUGUUGAGCGGACAGCAGCCGUAGACCUUGACGAUAAUGGCGGCGGUGUUACACUCGAUGCUGAUCCAACUGAGCGAUCGAAGGCCGAGCAAGCGCAAGGAGUGGAGGGCGAAGAUGCACCGAGCAAUAAGGACUUUGUCGAAGUCGUCGAAGACAAGGAGCUUACCACCAAAGAAAUCGACGACGCGUUCAAGAACGCGUUCUUCUACGGUGUACGGCAUCACAUGGACCAGAACAGAAGUCAACCAAAUUUCGGUCUCGACUUUCCACUCUCUCAAUCAGCUGUUAUGGCUCUGCUCGUCCAACCCUUCCUUCCUACCUACACACCCGCACGAACUGCAUCGCUGCAGAUUAAGAAGUCGAGUUGGAAGAACAUCAAGAAGUUCAUCAAGUACCUAGACAAGCAGAAGGUCAUCAAGAGCAAAGAUCGAGACGGCAACGAGGUCGUCAUACUGGAUAUCGACUUCAAGGACCGCCAGAUCGAAGCAUUUAUGCCCUACCGGUUGCCGAAGAAGGACGCGCCUACAGGGGCAAGCGCAAAUGGCAGGCCAGCCGCACCCUUGGCUGCGGAGUCGUCCGUGGGCCAGAAGUUGAAGGUCGUCUCGCUGCUGCGACCAAAGGAGAAGCUAGCCCCCAUAUUCCACGCGUCUAAAGCUGACCCUCGCGGUCUGUACACUCCUCAUGAGCUCAAGCAGUGCCUCAUCGCAUACGUUGAGUCAGAGAACCUUGUGAACGCGAACAACAGACGACUCAUCAACAUCAACCCACAACUUGCGGAUGCGCUGCUAGGUUCCUCAGCCGCAGACAACGCGGCGCUGUCCACGGGGACCAUCACUCGCGAUGCACUUGCAGAACGCAUGGUCGCUGCUGCUGCACCUUUUCACGCAAUCAUUCGCAACGACGCCAACGUUGCCGAUGCGAAGCCCAAAGCUGGCGCACCACCUAAGAUUCAGAUCACGCUCGAGACACGAAGUGGUAACAAGACAGUAACCAAGGCCCACGGCUUGGAGCCAUUCUAUAUCGCGCCGCAGCCGCUUGCUGACGAACUGAGAAAGACCUGUGCUGGCAGCACCAGUGUCGAUAAGCUGCAAGGGUCAAGUCCGAAGGCUCCAGUGAUGGAGGUCCUGGUCCAAGGCCCGCAAAAGGACGCCAUCCUAAAGGCGCUUGAGAAGCGAGGUGUGAACAAGAAUUGGGUGGAAGUUGUCGACAAGACGAAGGGCAAGAAGAAGUAGAAUUUCGAGCUCAACAGGUGAUUGGCAGCAUAGUGUGAUAGAUACCCAGAAGUGCAUUGCAUAGCGGACUCGAAGUAUCAAUAAUGAUAACCACGGCUUCUCGGGGUCGAACGGCCCAAC